CUAGUUCAACGUAGCUAGGCAAUCUUAGAUAUUCAAUAUGAAAUUCGCAGUGGUGAUCUUGGCGUUUGUGGCUGCCGCGAGUGCGCAGUUCAAUAACCCCUACAACCCCUUCGGGUACAACAACCAGCGGUACUACAAACCCACUCCUGCACCAUUCCGCUACCGUCCCGUGUCCGUCACUCCCGCCUACAAACCCAUUGCUUUCACCGCCUCCACCCCCUCCCCAGUGGUCGCCCCCGUGCCCGUUGCCAGGGUUGUCUCUGACGCUCGCAACGCCCAGACCCUGAAAUACGGCAAUGAAGUCAACCCUGAUGGCAGUUACAACUACUUCUACGAAACCGACAACGGUAUCGCAGCCCAGGAACAGGGCACUCCCCGCAACUUCGGUGGAAACCCCCCUGUAGUCCCAAGUGUCGCCCAGGGAUCUUUCUCAUGGACCUCUCCUGAGGGUGAGCCCAUCGUCAUCACCUACGUCGCUGACGAGAACGGAUACCAACCCUCUGGUAACGCCAUCCCCACCGCUCCUCCAGUACCCCCCCAGAUCGCUCGCGCCCUCGAGUACAUCGCCCGCAGCGCACCCAAGAAAUAAGCUACGUCUGAACGAUAAAGCUUUUCCACAACAGUAUAAAACGUACUUUAUAAAAUGAAUAGUACAACUUAGAAGUAUUGUCGAG